AUGAUCGAGCUUGUCUGCAAUGACCUUCUGGGAAUGAAGGUCUGUGUUAAAUAUAAUACUGAUGACACCAUCGGGGACCUUAAGAAGCUGAUCGCAGUCCAAACUGGUACCCACUGGAACAAGAUCGUUUUGAAGAAGUGGUACCUGAUUUCUAAGCACCAUAUGCCUCUGGGGGACUAUGAAACCCAAGUUGGAACAAAUCUGGAGCUUUAUUACCAACAGAGCAGAAGUCCUUCUCCCUGCCCUUCCCUCUUCUCCCACCUCACCACCCACACUUGUAUGGAUGCUUGUUUUUGA